AGAUGGUCAUACUCAUUAUGUUAUGUCAGUCUGUUUUUCUCCUGAUGGAAAUACAUUAGCAUCUGAUAAUGAUGAUAAAUCUAUCCGACUUUGGGAUAUUAAAACAGGAUAAGAAAUUCAAUCCUCCGAUAAAAAUUACAAAGAUAUUUUUAUAUAAUUUAAGAUUCCACUCCAAUACAAUAGUCAUAUUUUAGAAGGUAGUUUUUAAGUUUUUCAUAUUUUUAGUUUCCAAUUACAUUACCACACUUCUUAUUUCCCAAAAGGCAAUAUUCUAAUCUAAAGGAGCUUUAAUACUGAAAGGAGAAUUUUUUAAUCAAUCAGGUAUUGAUUUAAAGACAUUAUUUGAACAGAAAGGAAGUCGCAUUAUAGAACGAUUUUAGUAAUAGUAAAUUUGAUAAUUUAUCUACA